CAUAGGUAGGUGUCCAACUCCUUCCCCGUCCCCAGCAUUCGCAAGGACGUGGCCAGACAAAUCUAAAAAGGUUUCUCAAACAAACGGUUCAAGUCUUUGUUGUACAAGAAAGGAAAAAUAUGAAAAUGCAAAUCUACUCUAUUGGAAGCGCUUAUCGAGUAUCUUCAAUCUGACAACGUUAUUACAUUGCUUCCGAGAAUCUCUUAUCGGUUGGCCAUAGAAGCUGAUAAAAUGAUGACAAAUAAUCCAAAAUAAAUUUUAGAUCGCUUUGCACAUUUCCAACCGUCAGUUACCAGUUUAAAAUUGACGCUUCAAGCAGAUCAAAGCAUCGUUCCAGGAGGCGCACUAUUGAGGACUAAAAUGCCAAUCAAUACGCGAGAGUUAAUGGAUGCUGUAAGCAUCCUUGCCGAUAGGGAGAGUAUGAGAGUUACGGUGGCGUCCAGUGCCGCUGGAGCUGCGGUAUGUGCUGGCCUGUGCUUCGUUGGGGGUUUGCUUGGUGGUCCCAAGGGUCUCGCCAUAGGAGGUACAGCCGGUGCCCUCACCGCCGCCUACAUGAACUGGGGACAGUUCCGCCCGGUUAGCGACAUCAUCAUGAACGAAAUGAGCCACCACGAACGGGAGAGACUCAAAAAUCACAUUGUGGCCGCGUUGGCCGAUUUCCAAAUUUCGGACGUAGCCAUGCUGUUGCCCCUUUUGAUGAACGAGUCCGCUGCCGCAAAUGUCGUGCUUGACACGGUGGCCAAUUUUAUUAGAAGUGAUAUGAAUCUGCAGAUUAUCGAUUGAUAUUUUUUAGAUGAGUGUGUGUAUUAGAAUAAUCCAAUUUUAUUGGGAAAUUACAUUUUGAAAGUGAUAUGACCUUUUGCAAAACAAACUUUUAUUGGAAGUGUUAUCUAAAUAAAAAUUAUUUCUAAUAAAAAUAAAAACAUAUUUCUAUUCUUGUUCAGAUAUGCCACUGUGACCAGUUAUUAGAUCUAUUGUAGCAUGGAUAUUAUAUUGAAAUAAAAAUUAUAUUGCAACACUCUUUCAUUCUCCAAUGGACUUAUACUUAACUAUCAGCGACCAUACCUUCUAAACAUAAAUACUUAAACCUAAUCACAUCCUUCCGGAAUACGAUUUCAAGUACGAACAUUGUGCUUAGCGUCACUACUGACUGCAUCCGCAACUUUAUGUUGAACUUACAGGGUUGUUACGACUACGCGGAUUUCGCGAUUUUCGCGGAUUUCGCGGUUUUUGCGGAUUUGGCGCGGAUUUUCAAAACGGUUUUAGUUUUUCGCGCGGAUUUGGCGCGGAUUUAGUUUUAGGUGAAAAUUUAAUAAAUAAAAUGCUAGAUGUAAGGAAAUUUAUUUGAAAAUUAGUUUUUAGUCUUUUUUGAUGGGCUUAUUUUCAUUGGCAAAUGUUGUUUGAUAUGUCCAAACGCUUAGGGGUCGUACACUAAUAACGUAGGCACUUAUGGAGGGAGCGGGGUUUGUCAUUUUCAUACACUCCAUAUAAAUAAAAAAAAAUAUUUGUAUUGGAAAAAUCUUACAUGGGAGGGUUGUUGCCAUUUUUAAUCGUAUUUGUCAUUUUCUGAUUGGUUAUUUCUUUUACGAUGAAGCACUUAGCAUGAUGACAUUUUUCGAAAGACUUUUCGUCAAGAAUGCUUUCAUAGUGUUGACACAUUUUGUAUUGCUUUCAUAACGUUCAUCUAGAACGAAUAUGGGUUUAUUCAACAAUUAAAAACAUAAAAAUGUACUUUCAUUUGGAUUUUAUGCAGAUGCUUCAUUUUGGUGCUCCCGCAGAAAGUCGUUGCAAAAUAAGAAGAUGAUUCUCAAAAGUUAUUUUUUAAGGUUUUUUGCGACAUUUUUUAAUAAUUCCGAUGGUAUUUUUACAGGAUUAUCAUCAGAAAACGAAGAAACCUCAUAAAGAAAUUUCUCACAAGGACCCUAUGAGGAUCCUUGUAUAAAUUCCUUGUAAAUAAAUUUCCACAGC